AUGGAGUGCUUGAAGGACAAGUUUGUCGAGGGACAGCUCCUGGAUGGGCGUUUCCGCACAGUCGCUCCCUUGAACCAUGGGUCCUUUGGAAUGGUGUUUCUCGCCAAGGACACCAAAACCGGGGAGGAUGUUGCCAUCAAGUGUUUGACCAAGUCGUCCUCCACCGAUUCGGAGUCUUCCAUGGCCGUCGAUGACCGAUCCGAAGAACUCGCCUGCCACGCACGCCUCGGGCACCACCCCAAUAUCGUCAACCUGAUCCAUUCUUUUGAGACUAGCGCCCAUAUCUACCUGGUUUUGGAGUACUGUUCGAUGGGUGAUCUAUACGAGGCCAUUCGUGCCAAUCGGGGCCCUCUCGAGACCGAACAUGUGCGCGAAUUUAUGCUGCAGCUCAUCAGCGCGGUGGAAUUCAUGCACUCGAAUGGCCUUUACCACCGGGAUAUCAAGCCCGAAAACAUCUUUCUCACCCAGGAUGGAUCAAUGAAGCUUGGUGAUUUUGGCCUGGCCACUCGUAGCUCUUGGUGCUACGAGGCCUGUGUUGGCAGUGACCGUUACAUGGCGCCGGAACAGUACGAUCCGCCGCCGACUGGAUAUUCUCCCGCAAAGGCGGAUAUCUGGUCGAUUGGGAUCUGCCUGCUCAACAUUCUUUUUGCGCGGAAUCCUUUUGUCACGCCCACCGAGUCUGAUGUGCUUUUCGCCGACUACGUGCGGGACCGCCAGUCUCUCUUUGACGUGUUCCCCAACAUGUCUCAGGAUACUUUCGAGAUCCUGAGAAAUGCCCUGGCUCUUGAUCCGGAGAAACGAACCCUCUCGGGAGUCCGCGAUGCCAUCCUGCGCACGGUCAGCUUCACGACGGACGAUGAGACCUUGGAUGAUUUCUGCACGGAGGAUCGGGACGUUGUCCCCGCCAGCGCCAACCGCGAGCCUCUUCGAACUCCCUCGAUUCAAUCUCCUCAGAUCAACCAGGGCGACUCCUUCCCGUGGGCGAAAGCACUCCAGGCAAGUCCACCGCAGCCUAUUCGCCAGCUCUCUGUCAUUCCGGAUUCGGAGAGUUACUCCGAAGACCUCUUCCCUCCAUCGGAGACUGCGGGUACUUCGUGGUUCUCUACGCAUCCUGAGACCCCGUCGAUGGCGUCGGUCUUGGAUUCCGCCCUUGGCGCAUCGGUCAAAUCCACGACCAUGCGUCGCAGCGAUCAAUCUUAUCCGCCUCCCUCUGGCACCAUUCCAAUGGGUGGGUCCCUUCCCAGCCAUGCUAUCAAGCCGGUUCCCGCUAUGUCCAUGAUCUUUGGAAAGGAUAAGGACGGUCAAAUCUCCAAGAGCUGGAGUGAUCUCUGGGAUGAGGAGGAAUCAGAAAACGAAGACCGGUCUUUGCAGGAACGCCGUGAGAAUAAUGCUCGCAGCUGGAGUCAAGAGAGCAAGGAUGCUGAGCUUCCUUUCCGUCCUGCUGGUCUGCAUGAACAAAAGACCACGUCUCUCGUCAACUCUCGCUCCCAGGACCCGCAGAAUGUCUCGAGCUCCCCCGAAUCGGUCUCAACUCCCGCCAAGCCCAUUGUUUCUGAGAAUGCCACUCCGAUUUCUCGCUCUCGAGCUCGACCAUUCCGGUACACUCCUCCAAAGCGGUUCAACCUCGAUAAAUGGGCUGCUCUGGGAGACCGGAGGAGGAACUACCGUCCCGAGGAAGACGCUUCCCGUUUCAAGCAGCGUUCCAUGAACACGAACUGGAGACAUGAUUCCGGUCCCUCUAGUCCCCCUGCGUGGCACAAGCGAGAUGACCGUCGCCGCAAUCCUUUCUUGGACAAAGACUGGCGGCGUGAGCGCGAUCCCUAUGAGACCGUGAAAGUGAAGAUCGCCAAUGACUCCAGCGAUUAUCACGGAAGCGUGGACGAAGACUUGGACUUGGUCGGUGGCUGGCACGAUCUUCACUUGUAG